GCUGAAGAAGAAGAAGAACUGUCCCUUAGCCUGGAGCUAGCUGUUAGCAUCUCUGUGUUUCUAAAUUAAAUUAAAUGAGAUUCAUUCACAUUUUGACCAGCUCGAGCCACGUUAAUAAACCUCUCUGCUUCCGGUUUGUUUCUAUCGUUUAGUGAACUGUUAGCGCAGAGAAGCUAAAAGCUGAAACUGAAAGGGACGAAGAGCCGGUGGCUAGGCUAGUUAGCUCCGGUGGCUAGGCUAGUUAGCUCCGGUGGCUAGGCUAUGGACCUGUUUGACGACCUGCCGGAACCGACACAGAGCUCCGGUCCAGGAUCUGCUCCCUCGCCGACCACCAAAGAAGAAGAAGAAGAGGAAGAGGAGGAGACGCGGCUAAAAAGGAAAAGAGACGAUGAAGACAGUCCCUCUGAGGACAAACAGAAGGAGGAAGAGGAGCGAGGACAGAUCAAGAAAGUUUGUAAAGAAGGACUUCCUGUCCUCAGAGGCUACGUGGCGGCGCGGCGUGGAGAGAGGGACGAGAUGCAGGACGCCCACGUGAUGCUGCCGGACCUGAGCGUCCUCCUGACGUCCCCGCUGCCCGGAAACGUGUCUAGAGUCUCGUACUUCGCUGUGUUUGAUGGACAUGGAGGUUCUCGAGCUUCUCGCUUCGCAGCCGAACAUCUUCACCACAACCUGGCAAAGAAGUUCCCCAGCGGAGACGUUGAAAACGUGGACAAGCUGAUUAAAAAGUGUCUCCUGGACACGUUCCGACAGACGGACGAAGACUUCCUGAAGAAAGCGUCCAGCCAGAAGCCGGCGUGGAAGGACGGAUCUACGGCCACAUGUGUCCUGGUGGUGGACGACACGGUGUACGUGGCCAACCUGGGGGACAGCAGGGCGUUGCUGUGUCGGACGGAGGCGGCUGCAGACGGAGGGAGGAGGCCGGUGACUCUGGCUCUGAGUAAAGAACAUAACCCAACCAUCUACGAGGAGAGGAUGAGGAUCCAGAGAGCGGGAGGCACCGUCAGGGACGGCCGGGUGCUCGGUGUCCUCGAGGUGUCCCGCUCUAUCGGGGACGGUCAGUACAAACGCUGUGGAGUCAUUUCAACCCCCGACCUGAGGAGGUGUCAGCUCUCAGCCAAUGACAGGUUCAUUAUUUUGGCCUGUGACGGUUUAUUCAAAGUGUUUUCGGCCGAUGAAGCCGUUAAGUUCGUCCUCCACGUCCUCCAGGAGGGGAGUGCUGAGAGGAGGUCGGGGCUGAUGGAGGACGAGUUACGCUUUGAAUCAGCCUGUCAGCAGUUAGCGAGCGAAGCUGUGAGACGAGGCUGCGCCGACAACGUCACCGUCAUCCUGCUUUCUAUUGGCUGCUGAGCCUUCAUCAUCAUCAUCAUCAUCACCAUCAUCAUCAUCACCAUCAUCAUCAUCAUCAUCAUCAUCACCUUCAUCAUCACCAUCAUCAUCAUCAUCAUCAUCAUCAUCAUCAUCAUCAUCACCA